UCAGCGACAUAAAUAUCCUACGCAGUCCCUUGCCCUUCACACACCUCUGUCGCGCUCAGCUAAGCACAGGUACAGGAUCUGAUUCCCAAAAUGGUCAGCAUCAAGGAAAUUCUGAUCGUGUCCGUGCUGGUGGCCGCGGUGGCUGUUUCCCCCGCUGAUGCUGUUCCAACGAGACACAGUAGGCCCCGUCCUUAUACUAGGCCAGGAACGUGCCCAGAUACGAGCGACAUCGUCGGCAUCUGCGUCGUGACAGAACGGAACUGUUUCUCGGACAGCGAGUGCGGACCCGGCCAGAAGUGCUGUCCGUUUGGCUGCGGGAGAGAGUGCCUGGCUGUGGGUCCUCCUUACGGAAAAGGAAGAUGGUAAAGGGGGGGGAGGGCGAAAUUUCCUGCUGAUGACGUCAUCGCGCAUCUCGGUGGGCUCCCAGUCUCCCUGGAAAUAUUAUUGAAGUGUGUUGAUUCAUUGCUAAUAAAACUGUGUUAUUAAAAA